AUGUCAGGACCCGAUGACACCACCCCUGGCAACGCGACGUGGACCACACGGACAGACCCCCUCAUGCGCCAGGUCAUCAUUCAUGGCGCCAAGAUUCAGGGCAUGGGCAAGCUAUACUCUGGUCGCAAGAAAAAGCGCCAGAACAGAAGCGAAGGGGUUGACCAAGGCUCUGCCGAGGCGGAAAUCGAGGAAGAAGGCGAGGGCGAAGACGGCCAACUCAUGCGCCUUUUUGAGACUACCCAGGGCAGCGUCAUGGACGACCAGGAAACUCUUUUCCUCGAAAGUAGUGAAACUGUCAGCACCUACUCGCACAGCCGUAUGGAGCGUGUUGCUCGAGGUAGUCGUGCGUUGUCGCUCGACCAAGUCAAUCAAGCUGCUCGGCCUGAAGUGGCUCGUGGUCAGAACACAUCGCAGAUUUCGCAACAGCCGGCGACGACCGAUCUUUUCACUAGACGAAGAACUGCAGCAAUCAGUAACGUUCGCGGACCAACUAAGAGACAGCGGGAGAACGUUCCGAUGGCCCGAGUCGCUCGCGACCAGAGAGCUCAAGUGCAGCCUCGCGGCUCGUCUGCCAGGGACAGGUAUGCCCGCAAUAAUCGUAACCGCAGGGGCGACAUCAACCGCGACCGUGAAAGUCGACGCUGGCGCCACAGGCAGCGUACCGAUUUACCUACGACCACCGACAGGAACCGGCGCAGUGGCAGCGGAUUCGGAGGCCUGGGCGGGCGGAAUGCGUGA